AUGUCCUCUUCCUUUAAUUCUUCCAUCUUCAACCUGAACAAAAAUAUUCAUGAUGAUGAUGAGAAAAAUGAUCAUUUCUUGGAUGAUGAGCACAAGGUGUUCAUGACUUCAUCCUUGCCAAUGUAUCGUUCAUUUUACGAGAAGGCACCUUGCCAAUUUUAUUAUGGAAACAAAAGCAAGUCUCAACAGCAGGAUCAUCAAGGGUUCCGAAAGACCAGUACUACUGCUCCGAAUAAUCAAUGUAAAUUUGGCUCUCGUUGUUCAUAUUCUCAUUCAGCCAUUUGUAAACAUUAUAAAUUGGAUUAUUUUCAUCAGGACAACAAUCCACACCGAAAUCCAGAAAUUAAGAAUCAAACAGCAAUUACAAAAUGUGGCUGCACAUUUGGUGACAAGUGCAAGUAUAUUCAUUUGGAUUUUGCAGAAACAAAAUCAAGAAGAGAGUUAAAAAUUGUUGCAGAGAGUGCUACAGAAUACUCGAGUAAGGCAUCAGAGGUGAAUUGGUUCAUCAGAAAAGAGAAUCCUCUCACACAAAAUAACAUCAAAGCAUUCAUUUCUAUGGUUGGCUUAAAGCCAGGAACAAAAAUUGAAGAAGUAGAAUCUUCAACACCACAAUCCUUCAUUGACAUUAUCGACAUGUCACUCAACAGAGAUUAUACACUUUUUGUCCUCAAAGAUGGAACUGUUUGGACGACUAAAAACCCCUCUCUACUGUACGGAGCACAUGGAGGAAAAAUACAUGGUCGUCUCUCUACUGAAAUGGAUUGGGAUGAAUGGAAAAAGUAUGACAAGCAAAAGAUCAUGCCUAUCGAUCAACUUGAAAGAGUUCCUUUUGACAACUCGUUGCUAACACAAGACCACAAUGUGAGAAAAUGCUGGACAUCUGGAUCUAUUUUCGCUGGUACCUUUAACUAUUUUAUGACUCAUAAUGGUCAAUUGUACAGCCAAGGCGUCAAUUCUUGGGGUCAGCUUGGAAAAGGUAUUGAUAAAUCAGACUCGUUCAUUCCUCGCCCUGUACUCUUAGAAGAUUUGGAAGAUGGUGAACGACCAAUCGAUGUAGCGUUAGGUCACGAUCAUGCUGUGGUCUUAACAUCAACAGCCAAUGUUUACACAAUUGGUUUGAAUCAAUCAGGCCAAUGUGGAACAGGAGGCAGCAACAAAGAUUUUCAUGUUAUUUUCCAAAAGGUGAAAAUUGCUUUCGAGCACAAAGAUGAUCAUGUUAUUCAAAUAGCGUGUGGUGAAGACUUCACCAUUUGCUUGACAAGGCAUGGAGAUUGCUAUGGCAGCGGUAGAAAUACCUGUGGCCGAAUGGGCAUAUCUACACAAAGAAAUGUCGAAGAUGAGCACGGCAAUAUUUUCAACUUUACCAAAAUUGACAUUCCUCUCCAAGCAAAUGACAAAAUAGUGAACAUUACAUGUGGAACAAGUAAUUCAUGUUUCUUGUCAGAACAGGGUCGUGUUUACAUGUGUGGUAAAAAUCACCACUCCCAACUCUCAAAGAUGGGAGGGUUAAAAGCAGUGACCACUCCCACACUCGUUCCCUUAAAACACGCCGUCAAGAAAGUAUUUUGCAGUCAGGAAAGCAUUACAUUUUUUGUGACCGAGUACAAUGAAAUUUAUGCUGUAGGAUCCAAUGAUUAUGAUAUUAUUCGACCCAUGUCAAGCAAGAAUAUGUCUUUUAACGUGGGAAAACCUUUCAAUGUGACGAGUACCUUCAUGCCAGAUCCUUUCAUUAAUAGGUAUGAAGUGGUACAAAUCCUUGCCUAUAACAUGUUUGUCAUGGUCCAUUUGAAGAGAAAUAACAGAAAUGCAAAUGCCAUGAGACGAAAAUUGUUUAACAAAACAAGACGACACUUACAUCUCUCGGACUGCACGAUCAUGACAGAGGAUUGA